GUUGCCGAGUUUUACACGGAGGCUGACUGCAAAUCUAAGGAGGCGUUUGUUGCCAAAGCGGGCCAACUGACCGAGGUAAUCGCUAAAUCCAAGGCCAUGCUGGACAUGAUGAAGGGCGCCGUACCCGCAGGCGGCCGAGGUAUACUCACCAAGAUACAAAAGGAGUAUUCCGAUUUUACAACCAGUAAAGAAAAGUUGGUCAAAGAGGUCCAGUCGGGUAAAACAAGUUUGCCUGAUGCGUGCAAAAAAGCAAUGGCCAUGUACGACAAAUUGCAAAAGGAUCUGGAUGCUCUCAGCCCUAAGCCCUCAGUGACGAAGGGUGUUUACACAGAGGCUGACUGUAAGACUAAGGAGGCGUUCGCUGCCAAAGCGGGCCAACUGAACGAGUCGAUCGAUAAGGCCAAGGGUAUGCUGGACAUGGUAAAGGGCCACGAGCCUGCAGGCUCCCAAGGUCAAAUCGCCAAGGUACAAAAGGAUAUGUCUGAUUUUAAGACCAGUAAAGAGAAAUUGGUCAAAGAGGUCCAGUCGGGUAAAACGAGUGUGCCUGAUGGGUGCAAAAAGGCACUAGCCAUGGUGGAAAAAUUGCAAAAAGAUAUGGAGUCCCUCAGCGGUGCGAUGAAGGGUGUUUACACCGAUGCUGACUGUAAAUCUAAAGAGGCGUUCGCUGCUAAAGCGGGUCAACUGACCGAUCAGAUUGGUAAAGCCAAGGGUAUGCUGGACAUGGCAAAGGGCCACGUGCCCGCAAACGCCCAAGCUGCAUUCGCCAAGGUACAAAAGGAUCUGUCCGAUUUUAAGACCAAUAAAGAGAAAUUGGCCAAAGAUGUGCAGUCGGGUAAAACAAGUUUGCCUGAUGGGUGCAAAAAGGCCCUGGCCAUGGUCGACAAAUUGAAAGCAGAUAUGCAGGCUAUGAGCAGUGCGAUGCAGGGUUAGAUAUGCGUAGAUUGUUCGUGGUAAAUCUAUGAUUGGUUAUUAUUCAAUGUUUUCAAUUUGUUUAUCUAUAUUAAAUUGUUUGGUAAAGUUUUGCGGGUUGGUUUAAA